AAAUAUUGAUGUGCCUAAAUGAGCAUUAAUAUUGUUAUUUCGUUUAUUUUAUUUAUUAACCAAAUCUUUAAUUAAUUUCCAUGGCGUCUACAUCGAAAGAGGACGUUAUAUCAAACACUCAAGUGUCUGAAAAUACCGCAGAUGAUUUAGAACCUGGUGCAUGUUACGACAGCAUUUUGAAUCCUACAGAUUCCUUUGAGGAAUUUGCUUCUGAGAUGAACUCAAGCCUUCAAGGCCGGAGUACUGAUCUACGUCAAAAAGCAAGCACCAUAAGCGAAAUUCAGAGUGAAAUAGGCGAAAGUUCGAAGGAGUUAAAAGAAACGAAGUCUAGUGAUAAUUUGCAAAACAAAGAUGAAGCAAUUGGUGGAUCAGCCAGCAGUUCGAAUUUAGUGGACGAAAAUGGAGAUGAUUUGGAAAAUGAUGUUGAAGACUAUCUUAAAUCACCAGAACUUGUAAAUAAAGAAAAGCAUGUGUUCAUUUUGAGUUCAGCGGGCAAACCUAUUUACUCUAGGUAUGGUAAUGAAGACAAACUAGCUGGUCUCUGUGGAGUCAUACAAGCUUUAGUAAGUGUAGUGGAAGACCAGAACCAUGAUAUAUUACGGUCACUGAUCACAAAGGAUUGUAAGGCUGUGUUCUUAGUGAAGGGACCGUUAAUAUUGGUGGCUAUUUCAAAGUCGAAUGAGAGUGAAACGCAAUUAGUGUUACAAUUGACAUACGCCUUCAACCAAAUAGUAUCAGUCCUAACACUAACGCAAUUGAAUCGAAUAUUCGAACAGCGUCGUAACUACGACUUACGCCGCUUACUCUCAGGCGCAGAGCGUCUUAUCGACAACUUACUGAUUUUCAUGGAAAAAGAUCCAGCUUUCUUACUCGGGGCGGUCAGAUGCUUACCAUUACCAGAGAAAGUCAGAGAGAAUAUAACAAAUGCAAUAACUACAACUUGCCAUAAGAUAAGGGAUCUAGUUUUUGCCAUAUUGAUAGCGGGGAAUCAAUUAAUUACGUUAGUAAGAAUGAAGAAGUACACAUUGCAUCCGUCGGACAUUCAUUUACUGUUCAAUUUGGUUCGGAGUUCGGAGUCUUUUAAAACGGCUGAGAGCUGGACGCCGAUUUGUUUGCCGAAGUUUGAUGCAACAGGUUUUCUCCACGGCCAUGUUUCUUACAUAUCGGAAGACUGCCAAGCCUGUUUACUUCUGCUCACAGUACAAAGGGAUGCCUUCUACCCACUAUCUCAAGCAAAACACACAAUAGCCGACAAACUAAGACGAUCAAAUUGCCUGGUAGCUAUCAACGAUGCUCUCAACAGAAACAAAACUCUGCCAACGACAAAUCCGUUAAAACACAUUGGAAUACCGGAAAUAAGGCAUUUUAUGUACAAAUGUAAAUCCACGGCACAGUUGUUCUCGUCAGAUCCUAUAAGUCUUGAUAGAUUACAAGAUUAUAGGCAAAGGCAUAAGGAAGGUGGUGAUGUGGUUAAAAAGAAAGUAGAAAAAAUGUCCGAUAUAGAUUAUGUGAGGAAUUAUAGAGAGUUCUGUAGUCAGAUACAUUGUGCGUGUUCACCGGCUAAAUUGAUAUUUAGGUCCAAUGCGGAUGAUUCUAUUUUGGCUUGGAUAACAAACGGUUUCGAGUUAUACGUAACAUUUGACGCGCUUAUGGAGAAGGAUCAUGCGAUUCGAGCGGUCGACAGACUAUUGAGGUGGAUCAAAAACGAAGAAAAGAGAAUAUUUAUUAUGAACGCACCAACGUUCUAGCAGAAACUUUUAUAUAAACUGAAGCAAUAACCCCGAAAUGGCUCAACGGUUUAGGUACAAUGUGUUAAUAAGAACUCUUUUUUUACUAAGCUAUUGCAUAGCUUCUAUCGCGGGCCUUGAUCGCGGGGACCGAAUCGAGAAAUUCCGUAACGAAAAAACCUCACGCUCCCCACUCCGACGGGCGGAGGUGUGGCUUGAAGGCAAAGCAUCAACCGCCCCAGUCCCCGAGUGACACACGCCUUUUCUUAAUUCAGAUAUUAUCAAAGUAAUUAUAAUUUAACUGUUUUUAAAUUGAAAGCAGUUCCUUUAUUAUUAUUGUUUUGGUAGCUUGUUUGUGCUUUGAGCUUGUUUUGAGCAUUGUAAAUAAUUUUGAUUAUUUUUUUUUUUUUUGUAAAUGGUCUGUCUAAAACUUGUAAACAUAUAAAUGAAUAAAGUUAUUAUUAAAAGGAACUACUAGAUUUAUGUAAAAAGAGAGCAAUAGUUCUAGUGAUAGACUUAUUGAUGUAUAGACAGAGCAAUAUUUACAAUAUUUUUUAUUAAUACAUUGUAUAUUUAUUGAAUUGUCAAUAUGCCUUAUAUUCAAUU